AUGUCUGCAUUGGAGCUAGCAGAGUUAAAGAAACAAUUAGAAGAUAUGCUAGAGAAGAGAUUUGUGAGACCAAGUGUGUCGUCUUGGGGAGCUCCGGUGUUGUUUGUAAAGAAGAAAAACGGUAGCAUGAGAUUUAUUGAAGGAUUUUCCAAGUUAGAAUUUCAAUUAACUCAUUUGACCUGCAAUGGUAAACUGCUUGUGUGGGACGUUCAUUGUGAGAACAAUUUUGUGGAGCUGAAGAAAAGGUUGACUACAACUCUGGUGUUGAUUCUAUCUGAACCAAAUGAAUCAUUUGUGGAGUAUUGUGGUGUGUUGUUGAUGGGUUUAGGUGGUAUGCUAAUGCAAGAUGGAAAGGUUGUGGCUUAUGCUUCUCGACAACUGAGGAUUCAUAAGAGAAACUAUCCUACUCAUCAUUUGGAGUUGGUUAUGGUGGUGUUCAUGUUGAAAAUUUGA